AUGGACUUCAUUUUGGGACCCUCACGCAUUGCACGACGACAUGACUCGAUCAUGGUGGUCGUUGAUAGGUUUUCAAAGAUGGCACACUUCGUGCCAUGUUCAAAAACCUUCGACACCUCCAAGGUUACUAGCCUCUACUUUAGAGAGAUUGUGUGCCUUCAUGGACUACCCAGGUCCAUAGUCUCAGACUGUGAUGUACGAUUUACCAGCCACUUCUAGAGGACUCUUUCGAGCUUACUUGGGACUAAGCUCAAGUUCUCCACUGCUUACCACCCACAAACUGACGGCCAAACUGAGGUCGUCAAUCAUAGCUUAGAGAAUUUACUUCGAUCAUUAGUUGGCGAGAGCUUGACCACUUGGGAUCUGAUCAUACCAUGUGCCGAGUUUGCUUGUAACUCCUCGACCAACUAUACCACUAGCAUGAGCCCCUUUGAGAUCACACAUGGCUUAACACCCCGCAAGCCCCUAGAUCUAGUACCCCUGGACCCUCACACUCAUAGCACCGGCCCAUUUCGUGUUCUUUCCCGGAUAGGCGAGAACGCCUAUGUCGUCAACAUUCCUCCUUCGUGGGAGAUUAGCUCCACGUUCAACAUGGUGGAUUUGGUGUCGCAGCAAGCCCCACUUAUAAGUUUUCAUUAUCAUGAGUUAAUAAUUAGUAAAUAA